UUGGAGGUUCGAGCCGCCAGCCCCGGCCCAUCAUGUAGGUGCCGCGGAGGCUGCCCCACACCGCGCCGGGGGGGGGGAAGCGAGCCCCCCGCGGGCCUCUGCUGCACGGCGUGCAGGCGCAGCGCAGCCCCCCCGACGUGCACCCCCCCCUUUGCGCACCCCCGCUGCAGGGCGCGCUGCAGCAGCGAGGCAGGAGAACUCCAGGUGCACGAAGAGCGAGCGCGGUGCAGUUUGCAUCUUUGUGUGCAAAACUAGCUCCAGAGGAGGGGCGAGGCAAAGUCUUUUGUGCUGCCCAUCUAUCCCCCCCCGCCCCCUGCAAAGCACAAGGGGGGGAAAAAACAUGUCUCAGCCCAGAGGCAAGAAGAGAAACCCUGGGCUGAAAAUUCCUAAAGAAGCAUUCGAGCAACCACAGACAAGCUCCACGCCACCCAGAGAUCUAGACUCCAAAGCUUGCAUCUCUAUUGGUGAGGAGAACUUUGAGGUGAAAGCUGAUGACCUGGAGCCCAUCUCCGAGCUGGGACGAGGUGCAUACGGGGUGGUGGAGAAGAUGCGGCACAUGCCGAGCGGGCAGAUCAUGGCAGUGAAGCGGAUCCGAGCCACAGUGAACAGCCAGGAGCAGAAGAGGUUACUGAUGGAUCUGGAUAUCUCCAUGAGGACGGUAGAUUGCCCCUUCACUGUCACCUUUUACGGGGCACUUUUCCGAGAGGGGGAUGUGUGGAUUUGCAUGGAGCUGAUGGAUACCUCACUGGACAAAUUCUACAAACAUGUCAUUGACAAAGGCCUGACGAUUCCUGAGGACAUCCUAGGGAAAAUAGCUGUCUCUAUCGUAAAAGCACUAGAACAUCUACACAGUAAGCUCUCCGUGAUCCACAGAGAUGUAAAGCCCUCUAACGUGUUGAUCAAUACGCAGGGGCAGGUGAAAAUGUGCGAUUUUGGCAUUAGCGGUUACCUCGUCGACUCGGUUGCUAAAACCAUGGAUGCAGGAUGCAAACCCUACAUGGCUCCUGAAAGAAUUAACCCGGAGCUGAACCAGAAGGGUUACAGCGUCAAAUCUGAUAUCUGGAGCCUGGGGAUCACAAUGAUCGAGCUGGCCAUCCUGCGCUUUCCCUACGACUCCUGGGGGACGCCAUUCCAGCAGCUCAAGCAGGUGGUGGAGGAGCCAUCGCCGCAGCUCCCGGCGGAGAAGUUCUCAGCGGAGUUCGUCGAUUUUACCUCUCAAUGCUUGAAGAAGAAUUCCAAAGAGCGGCCAACAUACCCAGAGCUUAUGCAACAUCCUUUCUUCACCCUGCACGAAUCCAAAGAGACAGACGUCGCCUCUUUUGUCAAACUCAUCCUGGGAGACUGAGAACUGGACUUGUACAUGAAUUGCCCUUCUGUGGACUGGAGAACUGGGGAGCUUCACUAAUGACCAUCUGCUAAAUGUUCUCAGAGCCUCACAUGAGCAUUUCUACUGAAGUGCAAAUUAUUAUUAGAAACCAGGGAUUGUUACUGGAUUGAUAUCAAAUCAUUGUCGACAGAUUCUCUGCAGGGAAAACUUAGGCGCAGCCAACAAGAACAAGCUGCAUGUUUUGAAGUUGUGCAGUUGAUUAUAUUGGCUUUCAUCUUCUGGUAAGAGGAUCCUCUGCCAUCUGAACUCUCUGAUCUCUGGGAACACAAUUCAUCCAAUCAAUCUGGAGGAAAAUAAACCUCCUCAGACAAGAAAAUAAAGUAUCCACCUGAGAUCAUACGAAGAUGGAAGAUGUCAAUUCAUUCCCAGCCCCACAGCCCUUAACUCUUGAGAUCCCAGUGUUUUCCCAGCCCACCAGGCAAUGCUUAGGAGCAGGAUAUAACGCAUCCCUUACACACAGCCUCAGUAUUGCGAAGAGCCUCGUGGGCCUGCCUGGGUGAAGUUCUAAUUGAAAACAUGCAAAUAUUUUACAGUGAAAUUGGUGCCACUGAAGGUUUCUAUGGACUGUUUGAGGGAUACGUCUUGAUCUCAUGGCAGCUUAUGUAUGCUGGGACUGAUCGCAGCUGUGGCUCCUUCCCUUGGGUCAUAGUUUAACCCCAGCUGGCAGCUGAACCCUAUGGUGAGAUGCAGGAGAGAAGUGGAGGGGUAAAAGUGAGAUAACUCAUGGGUUGAGGUAAAUACAGUUUAAUAGGGAAAGAAAAGCUUUGCACAUGAGAGAAGGAAAACAACAAAUUCAUUUGCCACUUCCCAAUGGCAGGCAGGUGUUCAGCCAUCCCAGGCAAGCAGCGCUCCAUCACAUGUGAUGGUGACUUGGGAAGACACACACCAUCACUCUGAACAUCCCUCCUUCCUCUUCCCAGCUUUAUAUACUGA